GCGAAAUCAUUGCCUCGUCCAUCCCCCGAAGCACAAAAGCCCGCCUCGCGGCAGGGCCCGGCCCUCGGUGCCGCGUACGUGUCCCGCUCGCUCCCCUCACCUCACCCGACCCGCCCUAUAAAACGCGCCUUCGCACGCCUCCCUCCCCACAUCGCACCCCGACCAGGUCCCGUAAUCCCGUUCCUGUGUCGUGUGACCCAUAUUUGUGUGUGCCACCCACCUAGCCGUUUGCAUUUAGCUUGCAGUGCCCCGUCCAUCGGUUGGUCAUCCAUCACACGCACAGCUGCACGAGCACGAGCGAAGAAAGGCUGUGCGUGCGUCCAGUAGUUUGCCAUGCCGUUGGAGGCCGUGGUGUUCUCGCAAGUAGGCCAUUUCGGCUACGGUCGCGGGGAGUCGCCCUACGCACUGCCAUGGUGCGACCUGGGCGGCGCCGGCGCCGGGUUCGGUGAGCUCUGCGCGGGGGAUUGGGACCACGAGCUGUUCGCGUCGGUUGCGCCCGACGUGGACGAGUGGGAGGCAGUGUCGAAGGAUCAGUCCUCGGAUGCUUCGACGGAGGUCAGCAAGGCUGCGGCCCAGCCGACGGUGGCCGGGGGGAUGAGGAAGAAGCGGAGGCGCACCAAGGUCGUCAAGAACAAGGAGGAGAUCGAGAGCCAGCGGAUGACCCACAUUGCCGUGGAGCGCAACCGCCGGCGCCAGAUGAACGAGUACCUCGCCGUGCUCCGCUCACUCAUGCCACCGUCCUACGCACACAGGGGUGAUCAAGCAUCGAUCGUUGGCGGCGCAAUCAACUACGUGAGGGAGCUCGAGCAACUCCUCCAAUCGCUCCAAGUGCGAAGGAGCAUCAAAAACCAGGCCGGCUGCACGGACGCCGGCCACUCCCCAUUCACCGGCUUCUUCAGCUUCCCGCAGUACUCCACCUCGUCUCAUAGUGGCUGUGGCGCCGCCAGCUCUAGCAAUACUAGCGAUGCCUCAGAAUCUGCAGAGAGCGGGCGUCCGGCGUCGAUCGCCGACAUCGAGGUGACGAUGGUGGAAGGCCACGCGAGCCUCAAGGUGCUCGCACGGCGGCGGCCGAAGCAGCUCCUGAAGCUGGUGGCCGGGUUGCAGCAGCUGCGCAUCCCGCCGCUGCACCUCAACGUGACCACCGUCGACGCCAUGGUCUUGUACACCUUCAGCCUAAAGGUGGAGGACGAUUCCAAGAUGGGCUCUGUUGAAGAUAUUGCACCCGCGGUGCAUGAGAUUCUGAGCAGCAUACAACGGUAGGAGACCGCCGUCAUGUGAAGCUCUGCACUACACUUGCACCUCCAUCUGCAUGCCCUGUGGGUGUGGGGUCGCCUGAUAUCGAUAUCACGGUGACUUCAUCGCUGACGCGUGAAUCUAGUCUCAUAUGUCAGCGACGACACGUGAUUGUUAUGCCCAUCCUGCAUGCCAAUGGAAUCCAUAGCUUGUAGGAGUAUAUGUGAUUGUGAUCACACCCUGGCCACCAGAGUCACGCAACAUUGUCCAGGUCCAGGGCUAGAGAGGUUUAUCAAAAUGUGCGCUGUUCUCACCUCCUUUGGAAUAUUGUAGAUUCAGAGAUACAGAUUUGCGUGCAGGUACCAAAAUUGAAUUCACGCAUUCCUGUUUCACCGUGGAAUCUGUCGAGAGAAACGUUUGGACGAACAGAGGAUGAUUGCCCGAUGAUGUGAUGGGUUCCUUCUUUUCUCACUUAGGUUCUGAAUUAAAUACUCCUGAUUCUACAAUUGGACGUCGGUGAAUAAUGUUCUGCAACUAAAUUAGCAAUCGGGUGCGAUAGCGUGUAGAGACAGCAUGAGUAGUUUGUGCUAGAGACUAGAGAUUCCAUUGACCGCCAAAGAGUUACUGCUUGCAAUUGUAAAUCGGGGUCUGUCUAGAUGUCCAGAGGACGCCGGUCCCAUGUCCUAAGACGUGUAUUUCUGAAGAAAAAAAAUCGUUUUCAUAUAUACUGCUUCAGUUAGCAAAUGCACUAUCUAAAAAAUCGUUAGCAGAUGCAUGCAAGAUUGCCGAAAAGGAUAUACGGCUAAGGAUUACUGCUAAUCUAUUAUAUUAGUAUAAUAAAGUUAAAAAACAUAAAAAGCCACAACGAUUCGUUCUUUUUUAAAAAGAUGGAUAAGGUUUACUGAAUUUAUUAGAGAAUGAGUAAAGUCUGUGACAAAACAAAACCAAAAGGCCCAAGGGCAAACAGCAGGGGGGAUAACAGAGAGCGUUCGCUACAACAACUGAGCUCUCAGGGUAAAGCUAAACCCAUGGACCAACAUGAGCUACAACAGAGUAAAUCAAACAAGCAUAGCACUACGGAAGAGAUCCGCUCAGUAACCUGCAUCACAUCGCAUACAACAUUUUGGAACAUUAUGUUGUUCCUUUCUUUUCAAACGUUCCACCAAAAGGUGAUUACCAAACCAUCAAAAGAUCUUUGAAACUGAGCAUCGAAUCGGUGAGAUGCCGCAGUCCAUAAGCCCUUAGUGGUUCGGAAGGCAGAGAAUUGAGCCAAAUUUGGUAGCUGCAACCAGAGAGCCAAUUGAGGCCAAACCUGUCGAGUAAACACACAGUAUUUGUAUAAGUGUGUGGGUGUUUCGUCCUCUUGAUCGCAGAGGCGGCAUGUUUGAAGCCUUGGCUAACCCCUUUUCGCGAGGUUAUCUGCGGUUAAGAUCUUAUUUAGCAAAAACACCUAGGAGAAGAUUUUGCAUUUUGGUUCAACUCUAGCCUUCCAAACCGGUCUCAUGUUGAAUUUGUUUAUUUGGCCGACAAAUUGGACUUUUGUAUGCACUCUUUGCCUUGUAGAUACCGUUACU